CUCAUCCCCCAAUUCCUCCAAUCCCUCACAACCCUGCCCCCAAAACCCCUGCCCACUUCCAUAACUUCCGGCGAUUGCCCCGCAGCCCUCAUGUACUCCUCAGGGACGACCGGGCGUAGCAAGGGUGUAGUUUGCACCCACCGCAAUCUGGUCCAUGUGGCUUCCGUGCUGAGGAGGAUUUGGGGGGAAGGAAGGCAGAGCAAUUAUAAAGAUGUCUACUUGUGCGCCGUCCCUCUGUUUCAUAUGUUCGGGUUUUCGGUGUUUGUGUGCGGGGCGGUGGCUGCGGGGGCGACGGUGGUGGUUAUGGAGAGGUAUUCCCUGGAAGGGAUGUUGGAGGCGGUGGACCGGCUGGGGGUCACCAGGAUUCCGGCGGUGCCGCCCAUGGUCGUGCAGUUGGUGAAAAACAGGGAGCUUUCGAGGGGGUACGAUUUGAGCUCCUUGACGGAGGUGAUUUGCUCCGGCGCGCCACUUGCCAGGGACCAUAUGGAGAGGUUUGCAGAGUGCUAUCCCGGCGUUGUUUUGUCUCAGGUGAGGGACGACGUUCGUUGGUUACUUUUGUUAACUUAUCAAUUACAAAUCUAACACCUAAAUUUUACCUUUUUUUUUUUUACAU